CUGGGAAAUGACCUUUCUAAGAAUGCGGAAGUGGAGCAGUCAAUUCCAAUGGAUCUUUAUUAUUGUACUUCAGUGCAAUGGACAGUUCUAUAGGAUAUGAUUAAGUGGGAUGGAUGAAAACAAUGAAUGUGGCGAGGUGGACUAUUUGCUGCAAGAUGAAGACUCACUCAUAGAGGGAGUCAGCAACCCAGUCCUGUUUGUUGUCGUUCUCAGUGUCACUUUCCUGUGUGGACUAGUAACUCUGCUCUGCAGAAAUGAGCAGUAUAACAUCCACCCAGAGAACCAGGAACAUGUCCGUGUCGUCCGGCAACAGCUACAGUCCGAAUCUCAGGAAGGUGAACCAGCCGAACCCAGGCAACAGUUCUAUACAGACAUGUCCUGUCCAGUGUGUCUACAGCAGGCCGUGUUGCCUGUGGAAACUAACUGCGGUCACCUCUUCUGUGGUUCUUGUAUAAUUGCGUAUUGGAGAUAUGGGACGUGGCUCGGUGCAAUCAGUUGUCCCAUCUGCAGACAAACGGUGACCCUGCUGUUCCCACUCUUCCACGAGCAAGUCUCCCCUCAGCAGGUACAGGAUGGAACGGUUGAACCUCUCUUCAUCCUCCGGGAUCUCAGCGACUACAACCGCAGGUUCUCAGGACAACCCAGAUCUCUGAUGGACCGGCUGCGUGACGUCCCCACGUUGCUGCGCCACCUCUUCAGGGAGAUGUUCUCCGUAGGGGGCCUGUUCUGGAUGUUCCGGAUCCGUAUCCUGCUGUGUCUGAUCGGGGCUCUGACCUACCUGAUCUCCCCUCUGGACCUCAUCCCUGAGGCUCUGUUUGGCCUGCUAGGCUUCCUGGACGACUUCUUCAUCAUCCUGCUUCUGUUCAUCUAUAUCUCUAUCAUGUAUAGAGAGGUGGUGACCCAGAGACUGGCAGGGUGAUGAAGAGAGGUGGUGACCCAGACACUGGCAGGGUGAUGAAGAGAGGUGGUGACCCAGACACUGGCAGGGUGAUGAAGAGAGGUGGUUACCCAGAGACUGGCAGGGUGAUGAAGAGAGGUGGUGACCCAGAGACUGGCAGGGUGAUGAAGAGAGGUGGUGACCCAGACACUGGCAGGGUGAUGAAGAGAGGUGGUGACCCAGACACUGGCAGGGUGAUGAAGAGAGGUGGUGACCCAGACACUGGCAGGGUGAUGAAGAGAGGUGGUGACCCAGACACUGGCAGGGUGAUGAAGAGAGGUGGUUACCCAGAGACUGGCAGGGUGAUGAAGAGAGGUGGUGACCCAGACACUGGCAGGGUGAUGAAGAGAGGUGGUGACCCAGACACUGGCAGGGUGAUGAAGAGAGGUGGUUACCCAGAGACUGGCAGGGUGAUGAAGAGAGGUGGUGACCCAGAGACUGGCAGGGUGAUGAAGAGAGGUGGUGACCCAGACACUGGCAGGGUGAUGAAGAGAGGUGGUUACCCAGAGACUGGCAGGGUGAUGAAGAGAGGUGGUGACCCAGAGACUGGCAGGGUGAUGAAGAGAGGUGGUGACCCAGACACUGGCAGGGUGAUGAAGAGAGGUGGUGACCCAGACACUGGCAGGGUGAUGAAGAGAGGUGGUGACCCAGACACUGGCAGGGUGAUGAAGAGAGGUGGUUACCCAGAGACUGGCAGGGUGAUGAAGAGAGGUGGUGACCCAGACACUGGCAGGGUGAUGAAGAGAGGUGGUGACCCAGACACUGGCAGGGUGAUGAAGAGAGGUGGUGACCCAGACACUGGCAGGGUGAUGAAGAGAGGUGGUGACCCAGAGACUGGCAGGGUGAUGAAGAGAGGUGGUGACCCAGAGACUGGCAGGGUGAUGAAGAGAGGUGGUGACCCAGAGACUGGCAGGGUGAUGAAGAGAGGUGGUGACCCAGACACUGGCAGGGUGAUGAAGAGAGGUGGUGACCCAGAGACUGGCAGGGUGAUGAAGAGAGGUGGUGACCCCCAUUCAAUUCAAACUUCAUUGUCCGCUCGACUGCACAGAAAUUGAUUGUGUAUGACCAUAUUAGACACAAUGCCAAGACCAGUGUCCUAUAAUCGAUUAGUUUCAGGUCAAAGGCACUCGGUGAGGAGGGUGCUCUGUGAUCUGUUGCUUUGGACUGGAGUUCCACCAUGCAAAAGACUGGGGACUAGUUACUAGUUAAAUGUCUAUGAUUGAGAGUCCUAAAGUUAAAAUUCAGUCAUAAUGUCUGCUUGUUUCAUCAGUUGAGAUGUAAUCCUCUUGAAUCUGAAAGUGUGUGUCUGUUUUUACAUUUUUAUUAUUAUUAUAAUAUUUUCUUUAGGAAUUGACUUGUUACCAAGCGGCUGCUGGAUUCAAUCUAGUCUUUGUAUGAGUAGCUGGACUGCGCUGUUGCAUGACUGGCGUGUUAAAGAGACUGUUAUCUCAUUAUCUUAUGUGAAAGGAUUAAUGUGAAACAAUAUUAUUAUUAAUGAGGAAAGAAAACCGUAUACUUAUGUAAACAAAAAUAAUCACCUUUGUUUACAGAUUAAAAUUAUUUUAUCUA